AUGUAUCAGCUGUCCCCAGAUUCAAAGCGGCUUGGGUCAUACACGGAGGACAGAACAUAUGAUAGUUUGGAUGGAAGCUCCACAGAGUUGACUGAUGUGUUUGAAGAAGAGGACUGUAUUCAGGAUGAAGGCUGGAGUACCCCUGUUGCAGACCUGAAACAGAAAAUUGCAGCUCGGCUAGAAAACUAUCUUACCAAUGAGAGCCUGUCUGAAGAUGCCUUUUUACUGAAACAUGUUCAGAGGAACAAGAAGGGCUACGUCAGUGUGAAGUUACUAACUUCAUUCAAAAAGAUCAGGGAGCUCACACGUGACUGGCGAACCACUCUGGCUGCAGCUCGCACCACGCAGCAGCUGGAAGUCAACGAGGAGGGAACCAAGGUGCGACGGCGGGACCCAGUGCCCGACUGGCUACUGUGUGUCCCCACCAGCAAGCUGCUGCUGGCCUGGAACCUCCUGGGAGGAGAGGACAACGAUGAGGAGAGCGUAGCCCCGGGGGUGGAGCAGCAGGGCCUGAUGGAGACAGCCAUGAGACUAUUUGGCUGCCACGGCACCAUCACGUCCCUCCGCAUCCUGCGCCCAGGGAAGGAGAUCCCUGCCGAGCUCAAGAGGUAUGCAAAGAAACACAUGGAGCUGGGGCGUAAGGUGUGUGCCGUGGUGGAGUAUGAGUACCUGGAGGGGGCACGGAGGGCCUUUGAGGCCCUGCAGGCUGAGGAGCAGCUACAGGGGAACAGGGCAGUACGCGUGGUACUCCUAGGCAGCAGGGGCACCAGGAAGCCAAGGGGCAGCCAGGACCGCACAGAGGAAGAGUCUGAGGACGGCAUCGAGAGUAUGUGCUCGAGGAAGCCCAACCGCAAGGGCAGGCGCUACCCGGGCUACUCCCUGGAGGACUCUGCCCUCUACAGCUCGUCUGAGUCUGACUUCGCCCCCGCCUCGCCCAGGCCCAACCGCAGGGUCACACGACCUCAGGCUCUGUACGGCAGCCCCCUGGCCAUCCCUCGGGUGUCCUCCUUCCGCUCAGACCCCUACAAGAACCCAGUUUGUAGCCCUGUGGGGAGCCCCCUCCUGCCCCGCAAGCUGUUCCCCAGUGGCCACACUCCGUCCCCGCUGGCCGCUCCAGAGAUCAGCAGCAGCCCUGUAUCCAGUGGCAAUGGAAGCUUUGGCAGCAGGAGCAAGUGCUCCGGGGACUAUUCCCAGGAAAGCUUGGGCUUUGUGGGGAGCCCCUGGGUCCAGCGUCGGAAGACUGCCGCCCAGGCAUUUUUUCCUGACAAAGGUGGGCCCCUCUCGCCUGGCCUGCCGAAGAGGCCACUGGGCGUGGUGGAUGUUCUGCGCCAGCCGCUUGGCCCUGAUGGCACUAAAGGCUUCUACAACUGCAUUGGCAGGGGGAAGCUGGUAGUGCAGCAAUGA